AUGGUAAUAGAAGAAAAAAAUCCUUGGCCUAAAGGGAGAAAUCGUAGCAAUGGACGAAUCGCCAAAGAAAAAGAAAAGGCAUAUAACUUCUGCUUGGAUCAUGUAAAAUGGACAAACGAAAUUGCAUACUGUCCUGAAUACCGUCCAACAAAGGAGGAGUUAAUGGAUCCACUAAUUUAUCUGCAAAAGAUUGCUCCUGAUGCUUCGAAAUAUGGAAUCUGCAAAAUUAUAUCACCUUGGGAGGUUUCUGUUCCUGCUGCUCAUGUACUGACUAAGGAGAUCAAGGACUUUAAAUUCGAAGCUUUAGUUCAAAAUCUUCAGGUUGAUACGAAGGGGGCGGUCUACAAAGAGGACAGGAAAUAUACCUAUGGUACCUUUGAGCAUAAGGCAAAUGAGGAGUUUCUUCGUCGAUUUCCUCGUGCGGGUGGCCGUCCUCUAUCAUACACGGAAAAGAGAUUUUGGCUUCAAAUGGCUCAUGAUACAGAAACAGUUGAGUAUGCAGUCAAUGUUGAAGGCAGCGCCUUUUCCUCUAAUCCUAACGAUGAGCUUGCAACAAGCAACUGCAAUUUGAAGAAUCUGAAGAAGCUCCCAGAAAGUGUUUUUCGUCACCUCAAUAGAACUGUUCCGGGAAUAACGGAUCCGAUGCUUUACAUCGGUAUGAUAUACAGUAUCUUUGCUUGGCAUGUGGAAGAUCAAUACUUAUAUAGCAUCAAUUAUCUUCACUCUGGAGAGCCGAAAACUUGGUAUGGUGUUCCUAGUCACGAGGCUCUUCAGUUUGAGAAGGUAGCUAUGUAUCAUGUGUUCGCUAGUGAGAACUUUUCCCCCACUUGGGAGGACGGAGUCUUCCGGAGGAUUGCAGAAAAAACGACAAUGUUUCCUCCGAAUAUUUUGCAGCAACAUAGUGUACCUGUUUACAAGGCUCUGCAGAUGCCUGGGGAAUUUGUUGUUACCUUUCCUAGAGCAUAUCAUGGAGGAUUCAAUAAUGGUUUUAACUGCAGCGAGGCAGUAAACUUUGCACUUAAAGAUUGGUUUCCAUUUGGGAAAGAUGCUGGCAAUCGUUAUGCACGUCUCCGCAAGCAGUUGUUUGUUCCUUAUGAAGAACUUCUCGUUAAAGAAGCAAUGUUGCUGACUGAGUAUACGAGAGAGUCAGCUUCUACUAUUACUGCUUUCAUACAGUAUAUGGAAUCUCUAAACAGAAAUCUCAUGAGUUUAAGGAAUCCAAACGUUCCAUUUGUGUAUGCACCAAAGUCUGAAACAUUAAUCUGCAGCCUAUGCCAUCGUGACUGCUAUUUGGCCUCCGUCCAGUGUGUCUGUCGAAUCAGAUGCCUUUUCCAUGAGGCUGCGAAGCUUCAUUGUUCAAAAGGGUGCAACAUAACUGUAUAUCUAGAUCACGAGAUACUGAGUGUGGAAACUAAAGCUUAUGACCUUCAGAGAGAAGAAAUAAUGUCAAAGCAUACAGGUGUAUGUUCUUGCAUUGAAGAUGGACUACAUCUGGGUAGAGAGUUGAAUACCAAAUUGGGAGAAUCUGGUGCCAGCUCAAGUACUAAGCCUGCCAAGUAG